AUGAGGCGGCUGCGGCGCUGGGCGUUCGCGGCGCUGCUGCUGCUGCUGCUGCCGCUGCUCCCCUCGCCCGGUGUGGGGACCCGGGGUCCCGCCGGAGCUCUGCGCUGGAGGGUCUCUCCCCCGUUGGGGGGCCUGGAAGCCCCGGAGGUCACAGAGCCCAGCCGUCUGGUGGGGGAGAGCUCCGGGGGAGAGGUCCGAAAGCAGCAGUUGGACACCAGGGUCCGCCAGGAGCCUCCCGGUGGCCCGCCUGUCCACCUGGCCCAGGUGAGUUUCGUCAUCCCAGCCUUCAACUCAAACUUCACUCUGGACCUGGAGCUGAACCAUCACCUUCUCUCUUCGCAAUAUGUGGAGCGCCACUUCAGCCGGGAGGGGCCCACCCAGCACAGCACUGGGGCUGGAGACCACUGCUACUACCAGGGGAGGCUCCGAGGGAACCCGAACUCCUUUGCUGCCCUCUCCACCUGCCAGGGGCUGCACGGGGUCUUCUCUGACGGGAACUUCACCUACAUCAUGGAGCCCCACGAGGUGGCCAGGCCUCAGGAAACCCUCCAGGGACCCCUUCCCCACCUCAUUUACCGGACCCCUCUCCUCCCAGCCCCCCUCGGAUGCAGGGAACCAGGCUGCCUGUUUGCUGCCCCUGCCCAUUCUGCUUCUCCGAACCGACCAAGGCUGAGAAGGAAAAGGCAGGUCCGCAGGGGCCACCCUACAGUGCACAGCGAGACCAAGUAUGUGGAGCUGAUUGUGAUCAACGACCACCAGCUGUUUGAGCAGAUGCGACAGUCGGUGGUCCUCACCAGCAACUUUGCCAAGUCCGUGGUGAACCUGGCAGAUGUGAUGUACAAGGAACAGCUGAAUACCCGCAUCGUGCUGGUUGCCAUGGAAACGUGGGCAGAUGGGGACAAGAUCCAGGUGCAGGAUGACCUCCUGGAGACCCUGGCCCGGCUCAUGGUCUACCGGCGGGAGGGCCUGCCUGAGCCCAGUGAUGCCACCCACCUCUUCUCGGGCAGAACUUUCCAGAGCACCAGCAGUGGUGCUGCCUACGUGGGGGGCAUCUGCUCGCUGUCCAGGGGUGGGGGUGUGAACGAGUAUGACAACAUGGGGGCCAUGGCGGUGACCUUGGCCCAGACGCUGGGGCAGAACCUGGGCAUGAUGUGGAAUAAACACCGGAGCUCGGCAGGGGACUGCAAAUGUCCGGACAACUGGCUGGGUUGCAUCAUGGAGGACACUGGGUUCUACCUACCCCGCAAGUUCUCGCGCUGUAGCAUCGACGAGUAUAACCAGUUUCUGCAGGAGGGCGGCGGGAGCUGCCUCUUCAACAAGCCCCUCAAGCUCCUGGACCCGCCUGAGUGCGGGAACGGCUUCGUGGAGGCGGGGGAGGAGUGCGACUGCGGCUCGGUGCAGGAGUGCAGCCGCGCGGGCGGGAACUGUUGCAAGAAAUGCACCCUGACUCACGACGCCAUGUGCAGCGACGGGCUCUGCUGUCGCCGCUGCAAGUACGAGCCGCGGGGUGUGUCCUGUCGAGAGGCCGUGAACGAAUGCGACAUCGCGGAGACCUGCACCGGGGACUCGAGCCAGUGUCCCCCCAACCUGCACAAGCUGGAUGGUUACUACUGUGAUCACGAACAGGGCCGCUGCUACGGAGGUCGCUGCAAAACCCGGGACCGGCAGUGCCAGGCCCUUUGGGGCCAUGCGGCUGCUGAUCGCUUCUGUUACGAGAAGCUGAACGUGGAGGGGACAGAACGUGGGAACUGUGGGCGCAAGGGGUCAGGCUGGGUCCAGUGCAAUAAACAGGAUGUGCUCUGUGGCUUCCUCCUCUGUGUCAACAUUUCUGGAGCUCCUCGGCUGGGGGACUUAGGGGGAGACAUCAGCAGCGUCACUUUCUACCACCAGGGCAAGGAGCUGGACUGCAGGGGUGGCCACGUGCAGCUGGCCGAUGGUUCAGACCUGAGCUAUGUAGAGGACGGCACAGCCUGCGGGCCCAACAUGCUGUGCCUGGACCAUCGCUGCCUGCCAGCCUCUGCCUUCAACUUCAGCACCUGCCCUGGCAGCGGGGAGCACCGGAUCUGCUCCCACCACGGGGUCUGCAGCAAUGAAGGGAAAUGCAUCUGUCAGCCAGACUGGACGGGCAAGGACUGCAGUAUCCACAACCCCCUGCCCACGUCUCUGCCCACAGGGGAGACGGAGAGAUAUAAGGGUCCCAGCGGCACCAACAUCAUCAUCGGCUCCAUCGCCGGGGCUGUCCUGGUUGCAGCCAUCGUCCUGGGCGGCACGGGCUGGGGAUUUAAAAACAUCCGCCGAGGAAGGUAUGACCCGACCCAGCAGGGGGCAGUGUGACGCCGGCCACGCCAUCCCUCCCGCUGUCCCUGUCUCCUCCAUCUCAUUCGUCACCUCGCAUUCUGUGGAUGGGGAGCUGGGGCUGGUUCCUCCACCCUUGCUGUCACUGCUGUCACUACAGGGGUGGGAGAACCCCACUCCAGGAAGUGUCCUCGACUUGCCCCUUGCCCCUUCCUCCAG